CACUGUCCCGCUGACCAUCCCUCCCAGCCGAGCCGCCGGAGCCAACAUGCCCGCCGUCAUGAGCAGAAUCCGGCCCAUCAAGCCAGAGGAGUCCAGACCGCAGUCUCCCUCCAAAGCCCGCAAGUCGCCCAGGAUGCCCAAAUGUUCCCGGUGCAGAAACCAUGGCUACUAUUCUGCGCUGAAAGGACACAAACGCUUCUGCAACUGGAGGGAUUGCCAAUGUGCCAAAUGCAACCUCAUCGCCCAAAGACAGCGCGUCAUGGCGGCGCAGGUUGCUCUGAGGAGGCAGCAGGCCCAGGAGGAGGAGUUGGGCAUCAGUGCCCCCGUCAAUCUGUCCGGCCCGGAUGUGAUGGUGAAAAACGAAGCUGCUGCCGACUGCCUCUUCUCUGUGGAAGGCAGAUCCAGUCCAUCACCCAACUUCAGCCACUCAUCCCUCGCUGUGUCAGGAAGUCGCUCUUCAUCGUCCUCCAGUCCCUCCUCUUCCUCUGUUAGGCCUCACGCUGAGGGAGCCUCUGACCUCCUGCUGGAAACCUCCUAUUACAACUUCUACCAGCAGUCACGUUACCCCCCCUACUACACCAAUCUGUACAACUACCCACAGUACCAGCAGAUGCCCCAUGGGGACAGCCGCCUCCCGAGCCACGGCGUGUCCUCCCAGUACCGGAUGCACUCUUAUUACCCUGGAGCCACCUACCUGACCCAGGGCCUGGGCUCCACCACCUGUGUGCCGCCCUUCGUCAGCCUGGACGAGAACAACAGCUGCUCUGAGACCAUGGCAGGCUCGUUUUCACCCACCAGCUACGACUCGACCAUGACCUGCCGCUCCAUGAGCGCUCUGGUUCUAAACGACGACAAGGCCGAGUGCGAGGCCGGCGGCCAGGCGGCCGGCUUCACCGUCGACACCAUCAGCGGCGACACCAGCAACUAGAAAAACCAGAAGAAGAAGAAGAAGAAUGCCAUGAUAAGUUCUCGCCUGAACUGAAAACUGUUCAGCUGUUAAAGCAGAUUUUUGUUCCUGAUUUCUGUUCUGCUCUGAGUCUCUGUUCGUAACUGAAGGGAGUUAAUCAUCCAAAAACUGACUUUAUUCUUUUAUGAUUCCUAAUUAGAAAAAAAAUCAAGAUUGAAUUAGAUUAUACAAAAUAAAAUACAGUACUCUCAAAAGUUUACACACCUCUUACGCCUUGACAUAUUAUUAUUAUUAUUUCAAAACAUUUUACACCUUCAGGUGGAAUAUAUGUGUUCAAUUCAGUUAAAGAACAUUUAUUAUCACUGAAAAACUAAACACUGCAAAAACACAAAAUCUGUUUCCUAAUGCAAAUGUCUUAUAACACAGAGGAGCCUGAUUUUAGUCAGUAGGACCUUAAUAUUGAUUAAAAAGUAAACUUGUUUCAUAAACUUGGCAGAUUAUGUGAUUUAUAACAUGUAAUUGUUACCAUUUCAUAAGUGAAAUUGCUAGACCUUUUUCAUCAAUAUUAAGGAAUUAUUGAUUCAAAACCAGCUCAUGUUUCUUGCUGCAUAGUUACUUAUUAGUUUUUCCUCAUUUUUAGUGCAUUAAGAUAUUUGAAUUUGAAGCUAGACAAAAAUCCUUGUUAAGAUUUUGUGUUUUUGCAGUGUAGACGUUUUCUCUAAUCCAAACAUGGUAAAGACACGUCUGCAUGUGAACAGUUUUUCCCCUCCAAGAGAUUAAUUUCCGGUUUAAUUCUGAGGGUUUAGUGCUUCAUUACAUGUGGAAAAAGUUACAGGAUUCAUCAUUUUUUCCGACAGACCUGGGACUUUAACAGGUGUGUAGACUUUAGGGUCACUAUAUUGGUCAAGUUUGUAUUUUUUGAUAAACUCCAUCCUGAAACACUGGAAUCAAGGUUUUUUCUUUCAAUUACAUAAUGAGAUUUGGUUAAUUUGACUUAUUGUUUGCAUUAAUCUCACAUUUUACACAAUAUAAAUAAUGCAACUUUUACUUUGGUGUAUUUUUUCUAAUCCAGUUGGUUAAUUCUCUCUGUUUAAGGAUUAUUGUUUUUUGUUUUUGUUUUUUUGCUUUGUUGACCAGUUUUCCACUUAUUUUCAUUUUAUAAUAAACAAGAUUUGUCUUAAUUUCUCUGAACGGUUUGGAAGGGAGUUUUUUUUGUUUUUUUUUUUGUUGUAAUUUGCCAAUCAGCCUCUAGUUGCCACUGGAUCUUACUGUAUGUUCCCUUUCUGAUAUAUAUUUUGAUUUUUCUCAAUCAGACACGAUGUUGUUAUUCCAACAGAAUCACAUCAGAUGCAAAUAAAUCUCAUUAAUCUCA